AUGAUUGUUGCGUCGUUGCUCGCAUGGUUUGAUACCUGCAUAGGGGUUCUAAAGGCUUAUUGGUGCCGUUUGGUGAGGAGGACCAAGGAGGGAUCUCAAGAAGGAGGUCCUUACUUACCUAUGACCUGGUUGGAAGCUCACAUGCUAAAGAACGAUGCCUUCCCUAGUUAUAUGCAUGCCUCCCCGAUUUGCUAUGUUAUUAACUCUGCUAUAUUCUUCCGGGAUGGUCUGCCUUCCACUGACGAGGUCAAGACCGUGCUUCAGGAUAAGUUACUCAAAUACCAUCGGUUCGCCUCGGUCGCGGAUCCAGACAAUAGAAGUUGGAAUGUAGUCAAUGUUGACGUCAAUGACCACUUUACACAACACGACCCAGUGGCCGAUACUAAAGUGUUGGAGGACAAAAUCAACGAGAUAAUCAGCCUACCUCUGGAUCCUACUAGGCCCCUAUGGGAGGUCCAUACGAUACCAGUAGUGAAGGGCGAGGACUGCAUGCUCUUUAGAACUCACCAUUCAAUGGCUGAUGGUCUCUCCCUGGUAAGCGUGUACCAGUCACUUACCACUGAAGCGGAUGGAUCGCCAGCCAAAGUCGUCCCCGGUAAGGCUGUGAAGGCCCAUUCGAAGUUGACAUUUGAGGGACUCUUCCUUAUGGCGGUUGAUACGUUACGCUCAGCCUUACAUAUCCUCUACACGGUGUUCCAGCCAUUAGAAAGCUCAUUCACCUUCAAUACUCCUAGAAAGCAUCGUGGUGGGGAUAUGCGAUGGUCUGGUUCGAGGAGGGCUGUAUUAUUCAAACCAUUUUCUCUAGAGUAUGUCAAGGCCAUUACUAAGAGAACACCUAAGAAGGUUACUGUUAACGAUGUUCUAUUAUCUGCUAGUGUGGGUGCUAUCAGAGCUUAUUCUGGCGAUACAGUGAAUGAUACUACUACCAGUAUGAGAACACUCCUUGCCCUAGGCUUCCCUGCCAACCUCCCUAACAGACCAUCAACUGAUAGGCUCACUAACACAUUCUCAAUCAAUGCAUGUGAUCUAAGCAAGGCCAUAAGAGCUACCGAUCCUGUGUCUAGAGUGAUGGCUACCAACAGGGCGAUGAACCGGCUUAAGAAGAGCAUGGAGGCCUUUGUCGAGUUUUGGCUUAUGAAUGUCUUCUUCCCUCUAUUACCUGUCCAGAUCUACCAAUACAUUGCCAAGAGGUACUUCGCUAAUCACACCAUGCUGUUCAGUAAUGUACCUGGCCCUGCAAAAAGUCUCUAUUUUGCGGGUAAGGAGGUCACCGGCGUACAGGGUAUAUUCCUGGACGCUAUAUCUGAGGUUACUCUCAUUUCUUACAAUGGUAAGGUGUAUUAUAAUAUAGCCCUGGACCAAACUGUUGUUAAGGACUGGCCGAGAUUUGAGCACCUUUUCCGUCAGGAGCUCCUUGAACUAGGCAAAACAGUUGGCGUACCCUCUGACAUUGCCUUGUGA